UGCUCGCUCAACGACCCUGCAGAAUGCUGGUUACAGUUAAGUCCAAGCUGUAUUGCUCUUAACAACAAGGCUUGGGGCCGAGGGAAUAAUGCGAGUCGGUGUUUGUAGUGCUCUUAGUGCUCUGUGGACAUCAGCAGAGCUGGCAGAAGUUUCCAUUCGGAACCCCCCGUCUAAAAGAUCGUCCCUCCGAAAGGCCAGCUGCGCGGUGUCAUACUUAAUCCAAGUGAGUCUAGUGUCACGUCGUGACGCUCGUCUGAAUGGCAAAACCGGCGCUAGUCCGCAGCGCAGCACGCCACCGCGACGACUUGGGAAACCACCGUCGCCGAGAGAUCAAAGCUCGCUGGCGGCUCACCGAGGUUGUACAUGCGUGCAUGUAACAUGUACUUUAAUAACAUGAGGGCACAUUUCUCUUUUGAAGGUGCAUGAAAGAUGCAGAGCGAAAUCUAGGACGAUGGAGAAAGUUCGGUGCAGAUCAUUUUCGCGGCGACCACACAAAUGGCACACAAAUUAUGUUUGUGAUACAGACGAUCCCUUCGGUAGUAAUCCCUAGAAAUGGAAUACUCCUCAGUAGCAGUAAAUUAGUUGACCAGUCACAUACAAACCCAAGAUAUUAUUCCCUCAAACCCCUCAAUCGUAAAUGGAAAACAUUUGAAGUCAAAC